CAGUCGUAAACCCCUGUAUCAACUAUAACCAGUGCCGUGUGGAAGUUUUAUUCGCAGUUAGCGUCGAGGCUAAUGGCACAAAUGUUUAUUUUUAGACCCCGAGGAAGACAGGACUAACGUUAUGGUGUACUGUAGGGUGCACAGUGAGGAGAGGACAAAACACACCAGGAAUGAAAUUGAGGUUAAGUUACGCUAAUUAACUUAGCAAGUUGAAUAAACAGAAAUGAAACGUGCAGUUCUCCAAUUUGACGCAUAAUGCCAAUUCACCCUGACUAAAAUGAAUUGAAAUAUUAGCAUUUUCCCCGGAGAUAUUUACCACGCCGCUGUGCGCUCAAUCCGCACAUUUUCCGACAGCACGCGAAGGCAGCGGUUGUCCAGAGGACUUCACUGCUCCAGCAAACAAAUUAACUGUAAGUAGCUGUAAGAUAAACGACUGAUGGCUACGCUUUUAUCUUAUUUGUGACGGUGCUGACAAUCGCUAAUCCUCCAGUUUCGCAGUAAGUGUGAGUAGUCAUCUUGAAAAGUGAUGAUAUUGAUUGAAGCAUUGACCGGUGUUAGUCAAGUGUAACGCUAUUUGGUAGUUUAUCUCUGCAGUAAUUUGCGUUAAUGACCCGCUGCGUUGUGCCAGUUCACUUCAAUGAAUUAGGCUUUGCCUUUUCUCAAACCACACUUCCAGGAGACUCUUGCUGUGAGUUAAUAUCUGAAGACCACCUGUUCACAAUGAAGUUUCCAGACCAAGAGCCUGCUUUUGUCACCUGCUGUCAUCAAACAAACGCAGCAACCUCUUAAAACACCAGCUCUUCUACCCAGCAUAUUUAUUGCCUUAUUGCUGCCAUUCCACUGUACCAGCAAAUCCUCAAACGUUAUCUACCUGCUAGACACUUGCCCAGGUGCUUCACUAGCUGUGAAAAGCUUCCUCCUCAGCUCCUCCACAGUUUUCUUUUUCCCUUCAGAGAACCUCCAUUCCCAAAUGAUGCGGACGGACAGCAAAGGCCGAAGUGCCUCCCCACACAGGAUAACCUACAAGUCUGACUUCCACGCCAUCAAGUGCUCAUUUGACACUGGGAGCAGCCUACAACCAGGGACCAAAGCUUCUGCUGCCCAACGCUCUGCUGUUCACCCAACCAGGCUGCCAACCAGCCUGUCUGAUCCUAUGAUGUCUCACACCAGCACCAGCGCCAGCGCCAGCACAGGCAGCAGAGGGAGGGUUCACAGCACCAGGGGGACCAAGAUCAGAGACAACAUCUUCUUGCAAAUGGACAGCCAGCAGCUGAAACAAGAUGGUGGUUCGGUGCAAAGUUCUGGCUCCACACCCCUCCUUCCUCCACGUAAUCCUAGUCCACAGCUCCAAACUUCACCUUUCUCUGGAUCCAGACGCUCAGUCGUCACUUCCUCAUCUGUUCUGAGCACCGUGGCCAACAUUUCUCCUCCAGAAUCUUCUCUGCAAGAUAAACCGUGCAGAUCGGAGGAGAUAGUGGACAUCGACAGAGCUGCUCUGGCUCAGAAGUUCUCUGUAACCCGGAGGUUGUUUGAGACCAAGGUGAUGGAGGUUGAAGGUGGCGGUGGGCAGGUUUCAAAAGGAGGCAAGGGGAUGGCAGAUGGGGAAGAAGAAGAAGAAGAAGAGGGGGGAGAAGGUCAGAUGGAAGAAGAGGAAGAGACAAGUGGGAAAUUGAAGCAUACAGAGAAGGAUAGCGUUGAUGAAGACAGAUCCAUAAACCUGCCCAUCAUAAAUAUUUCUUUGCCAAAGCCGCCAGACCAGGCCUCACUGACAAGGCCCUCUAAAUCUCUUGUAUCAGAUGGCCCCGGUGAAGCGUCCAACACAUCUCCCUCCUUUCCUGACAAACAUGGUCAAACAGGAUCACAAACAGAGGGAAAAAGGGCAGAAAGCACAACUCUCAACCUCUGUUUGACCCCUGAGCAACCAGUGAGAGCAGAACUAGUUGACGUGAAGAACGAGUCGUCAGAGAGCGAUGAGAAUGAAGAAGAAAAGGAGCGGAGGGAGGCCAGAAAGUGGCUUAAGGACGAGAGGGAAAAGCAUAUGAACAAAGUUGCAGGAGAGAGAGUGCAGGACCUCGUGGAUGAUGUUUUUGUAGAGUCCGGUGCUGAAACCAUGCCACAUACGCUGGAAAACGGAGUGGAACUAAGAGCACGAGACGGUGGGCCAGUUGUUCCCUCAGAAGAGCACCAGAAGGAGUUAUCAGCCAGCAUGUCAUGUAAAAGAGAGACUACGGAUGAUGGGGAAGGUGGAAGAGACAAGUAUCAGCAGGUGAAUGAACAAUGGGAGGGGCAGAGCAGACAGUUCACUGCACAGGUUGAGAAAUCGACAGGAACGGGAGACUACAGGGAGAAAAAGACACAUGCAGGAGUGAAAGAGGGAGGCAUGAUGCAAGAGGAGGACAUUGACGAGGACGUUGAGUCAUACAGUGUGGGAAAGAGGAAAGGUGGAGUAGAGGAAUGCAAACAAAGUCAAGAGAAGGAAAGAACUGAAUCCAAGCUGCAAGAGAAGCGUGCCAACGAGGUGGUCAAGCAUGAGGAGUGCAGAGAGGGCAGCGAUGGAAAACACGAUGCAGGAAGAGGUGAAGAGGACCAGACAGGAGCUGCAGUUAUCUGUGGGAUUGAGAACGAGGCCUUCGUGGACGAGCAGGAAUCCCACCCUCACCCAGAGCAUUCACCAGGACAGGAAUGGGAAAACUCCCAACAACAGCUUUUAUUGGAAUAUGAGGAAAUUCCCGGCGUGCCUGAAGUGGCUGAUCAGGAGGAUGAGGAUGAGGAUACAGUGGAAGUUGAAAGGAAGAGAAAGGUCAGGUUCUCCUCAGCGCCAAUCAAGGUGUACUGCACUUAUUCCAAUGCAGAGUACGACAGACACAAUGAGGAUAUUGACCCUGUGUCUGCCUCGGCUGAGUAUGAGCUGGAGAAGAGAGUAGACAGGAUGGAUGUCUUUCCAGUGGAGAUAGAAAAGGGAGACGAGGGUCUGGGCAUCAGUAUCAUAGGAAUGGGUGUAGGAGCUGACCAGGGACUGGAAAAACUGGGAAUCUUUGUCAAGACAGUCACUGAAGGAGGAGCAACACAAAUGGAUGGAAGGAUUCAUGUGAAUGACCAGAUAGUGGAGGUGGACGGGGUGAGUUUGGUUGGAGUCUCCCAGCUGUUUGCAGCCACAGUCCUCAAGAAUACAUCGGGCCUCGUCAAGUUUUUGAUUGGCCGAGAGAAGGAGGGGGUGGAGAGCGAGGUGGCGCGGCUGAUCAAUGAAAGUCUGGAAAUGGAUAAAACAUCCAGGAAGAGAGGAAGAGCAGGCAGGGAUGAAUGUACUGAUAGUAUCAUGUCAGAGAGGGGCUCAGUGGCUGAGGAAGAGGAGGAAGACGAGGAGGAGGAGGAUGAGGAGGAUGUGUCUGUUCUUUCCAGCCUGGACAGUUACCAGCUCUGCCUCAAAUACCAGCAGCUUCAGUCAAAACUACGAAGCAGAGCAGCACAACUUCACCACGCUAGAGAAAAGUUAAAGGCAUUGGAGGAGCAUCAGGCCUGUUGGGAGAGCCAGAAGGAGGAGUUGGAACAAAAAGUGGAGGAUGGAGAGGAGAAAGCUGACAAACUAGAGAAUUAUUGGCAAGAGGCCCAGACAUUGUGCAGGGUUGUGAGCCAGCGACUGGCGGAUGCCCAGAGCCAAUCAGAAAGUUUGGAGAUCAAAUACAGUAAGGCCAAGAGACUCGUCCGAGAAUACCAGAGCAGAGAGGAGGAGAGGGAGAAAAGAGAAGCCGAUUUGAGGAGAGAAAUGGAGGAGAGAGAUAAGCUGCACAGAGAGGCAGUUGAAAGGCUGCAAAUCCAGAUAGCACAGCUGGAGAGGAAAGAGCCAGAAAGAAAGAACCACUCUGUGGACCCCUCAGUCACUGGUCCAGACUGGUAUAUUCCAGUACCUGAUACGGGACGUCUAGACUCCAGUGCUCACAUAGCCAGGGCUCAACUGGCCCAGAAAUCCAAGCGCCACCCGCCUUCUCGAGACAAACUCAGAGAGAGCUUUAGGAAGCAGGAAGGUGAAGGUCAGAAACCCCAGGAGAGCCAGUCACUGUCCGCUCCCACAGUGGCACAAAGGGGCAGCAGAAGUGACCAGUCCAGUACCUCGUCUUUCUCAGCCCUCAGUCCUCAACCUCCCACCAACGCUGUCUUCACCCCUCCUAUCUACAUCAACGACACGGUCACACCCUCACCGUGCAAACCCUCCGUAUCCCGAAAGUCCAAAAGGAAAUUUCCCGACUUAAGUGGCCUUCGCAAGUCUCUCAGCAAAAGGAGAAGUGAGAAACACCGCAAAAAGUCCACAAACAACAGCAGGGGGUCGUGUGGUGACCUGGUGGAUGAGCCCGCUGGAGUUUCUCCAUCAGGUUCAGUCACCUCCAUGCCCUCUUGCCUUCCCUUCCCCUGGUUUGGAGAGCGAGGGAGAGAAAAAGAAGAGGGUGAGAGAGGCAGGGAGAGACUUCGGUCUGUGUCCAGCAGCAGUCUACCUUACCUGACCACCACAGGUAGAAGAGAUCAGACGUUGGAUGAUGACCCAGUUCCCACCAAUAACAACAACCAGUGGCAAAGUCGACCCGUCUUAGAGUGGAACAACCAGCAGGUGUGUCUAUGGUUAGUCGCCAUGAACAUGGACCAGUACGCUUCUGAGUUCGCUGCAAGAGGUGUGGAUGGGACCGCGCUGCUCAGUAUGGACAGUGAAAAACUCAAGGCUCUUGGGGUGUGCAGCCACAGCGACCGGUCUGCCCUCAAGAAGAAGCUGAAGGAGAUGAAGAAAAGCGAGGAAAAGGGGCAAAGGAAAGGAGAGAAGAAUGCGGUUUUGGAUAAGGAGAGCGAUGAAAAAGAGAAAGCGAGGAUGGCGAUGGAGUCUGUAAAAGACUCCAGACGCAGUGGCAAAACUGUAAGAACUGAGUCACUCCUGUAAAGGUGACGUCGGAGAUGCAUGAGGGUGUGUUUGCAGUCUAACGCACACAAAUAAACUUGAACACAUGUCUGUUUAUUUAAUAGAAACAGCUAGAUCUACUGCACACAUCUAUCGUUCACAUCUUAAUAGUUAUCAUUUAUGGUACAGAACACUGGUUGGUUUUAAACUGAUAGACCGAACUUUGGACAAGAGCAGAGGUCGACUCCAGCACCAAAGUUCACACUCACAGCAGACGCACAUCUCUCUGUAUACGUCAGGUGUAAAGUGACAGUUUGCUACGGUUUUAAAGUGUUGUUUGGUUUUUUUUUAUCAUGAACCUUAAAUUAUCCUUAGAAUGGUUUUAAUAUUUAACGUGCUGAUUUAAGCACGCAGGUAUCUGCUGUAAAUGCUUUUUUUAUGUAUUAAUAAAUAACGUUUUAAACCUUC